AUGGCAUCUCUCCGCACCCCAGUGAAGAGGUUAAUACGACAACCACCCUGCCGGCUGUAUUCGGGAGCUCCUUCGUCGUCGGCACGGCUCAAUUUGCCUAUUGACUACAAGUCGACACCGUUACUGCAUCACACUUCAUCCUCGCUGGCGAGUGCACUAGAGCUUCCGGGUUCCACGACGACGAAAUCGCUCAACCUAUACCAGGCCAUCAAUUCGGCGCUGCGGACGGCCUUAGCGAUGGAUGAUAGAGUCAUGCUUUUCGGUGAAGAUGUGGCGUUUGGUGGAGUCUUUCGGUGCUCGAUGGAUUUGCAGACCGAGUUUGGCUCGGAGCGUGUGUUCAAUACCCCCUUGACGGAACAAGGGAUUGCCGGAUUCGCUAUCGGAGCCGCGGCGCAGGGGAUGAAGCCUGUGGCGGAAAUUCAGUUCGCGGAUUAUGUCUUCCCGGCGUUUGAUCAGAUUGUCAAUGAAGCGGCCAAGUUCAGAUACCGAGAGGGUAAUACGGGGAUGAAUGUGGGUGGCAUGGUGGUCCGGAUGCCCUGUGGCGCUGUCGGACAUGGUGCCCUUUAUCACACACAGUCCCCCGAAUCACUAUUUGCCCACAUCCCAGGCGUGCAGGUUGUCAUCCCUCGAUCACCGUCCCAGGCAAAGGGACUCCUUCUCAGCGCCAUCUUCCAAAGCAAUAACCCUGUCAUUUUCAUGGAACCCAAGAUUCUCUACCGAGCAGCGGUGGAACAUGUGCCGAACGAGUACUACACAAUACCUCUUAGCAAAGCUGAAGUGGUUAAGCCUGGAACAGACGUGACCGUGAUCUCUUAUGGCCAGCCAAUGUAUCUCUGCUCCGCAGCGAUCAGUGCUAUCGAGAAAGCUACGGGCGCCAGUGUAGAGCUCAUCGAUCUGCGAACAAUAUACCCGUGGGACCGUCAAACGGUCCUGAACAGCGCGAAGAAAACCGGAAGGGCUAUCGUGGUGCACGAAAGUAUGGUCAACUACGGCGUCGGUGCUGAAGUCGCCGCCACCAUCCAGGAUGGCGCCUUUUUGCGCCUUGAAGCUCCGGUGAAACGAGUUGCUGGAUGGAGUACUCACACGGGUCUCACUUAUGAGAAAUUGAUAUUGCCGGACGUUGCGAGGAUAUAUGAUGCCAUCAAGCAGACACUCGAGUAUUGA